AUGCCAAGCACAAACAGCAGUGGUCGGACAUACAUACAAACACUUGUGCACAGAAUUUCAACGAGAAGCCUCUACGCCCGGCUUUCCUGUGGUAUCCAUCCGAGAACUCCCAAUACCUCUAGGCAACGCCUGGCCAUCCGAGUUCCCCAUGUCCCUCCCACGAAGGCAAAUAAUCAUAUCGAAAAAAAAAGUCAAGCAACUAGAAUGGACAGACCUCAGCUGCUGUCCAUGCUUUCAUCAUCCUGA